AUGGAUAAAGAAAAUAUAAAUGGGGAAAUCGGGGAUAAAGAGGGAGACUAUCAGGCUCUGGAAGAAACGCAAACUGGGGAGCUGGUAAACCUUACUGGAGAGAAAAUGGAAACCGAGACUAAUAAAACUGAUGUCGAGGUAUUUCACGAUCCUAAUCAGGAUGGAGGAAACAAGGUAAACACGGACGGGAACACAAUAGACAAAACAGAUCAAAAGAAUGAAUCAUAUGCAUUUAAAAGGAAAGAUUCCAUUCAUAGAACUCCUCCUACGCAACGGAGAACGAACUCUCUAAACCUAGGAAGUACUAGUACCGACCCAAAACGAAAACGCGAGGACACACCGGAGAAAACAAACACUGAAUUUGAAACAUUUAUCAAAAAGAUGGAAACGGAACGUAACAAACUAGCCGAUCUUAUAAAAAGAGCAGCAGAACAAACGCAGCAAUUAAAAACGCUAAUCACUACUAUUCCGAACACAAAGAAGGAAAUCAAAAAUGCCAUCCACAAAGUAGAGGCUUAUACACAAAAAAUAACGGAAAAUACUGGCUUCAUUGACCAACUAAUAGAAGAACUACAGACCCACUCAAGCAAACGAAUCACCGUUGCUCCCAAGAGAAACGUGUGUGAAAUGGGCACACAAACAGUCAGUAAUCAACAGCUGGAAAAAGAAAGGCUAGUAAUGGACAUUGAAAAGAAAAUGGACCUUGAAAUGGACGACGACCAACUCCAAGAACAACUGGAAAGGAAAUGGCCAAAUGAUGCUUUCAAAAAAUGCGAAAUACACAAAGAAGCAAUUACCGGAGAGGAAGAAAAUGUAUUAUUUAUUAUGAAAGCAGGAGAGACUAAUAAUAGUCUACUGCUAAGAAAGCUCAAGGAGAGAAACCCCCAGCUUAGAAAAUAUGUGGAGGAAAACAAACUAGAAGUUGGUAGUAUGAUCGGAGGCGUCGCUAGGAGCGGACUCUUCGGUGAGAAAGUAGCCGAAAGCUCAGUUGAGCUGGUCACGUAUAUCGCACUAACAGAAGGUCUAGGCACAGCUAAGGAUAGAAUUAAAAUGAAGGAAAACCUGCUUGAAAUCAAACAAUGCGCCGAUAGAAAACCGGUGAGUCAUGUAUGGUGUGUUUUAGACCAAAAUAUAGAUCACGGAGUCACUCGAAAUACCCUCGAGUAUAUAGGAAGAAAGAUAAACAUCAGCUUCAAAGUUCUUAUGGCAAAAAAUAGAACUCACACAAUAGACGGAGACGAAGAAAUAAACUGGGAGUUAAUAAAAAACAAACGGGAAAACAACGAAGAAACCAUAUUAAUAAAACCAACGGGCAAUACAUCCUUCGCGGACAUUCUCAAGGACAUGAAAAAAGAUAUAAAAACUGAGGGAAUCACGAUAGAAAGGAUAACUAAAACAACCAGUGGGAAUUUACAACUGAAAAUAAGAGGAAACGACAAGAAAGACAGGAAGACAUUCACGACAGCACUGAACACAACUCUCACCAACGUCGCCCAGAUAGACGUUAAAACGAAAGGACAAACCUUCAUGAUCCUGGAUAUAGAUGAGACCGUUAGGGAAGAAGAUAUACGACAAGUGCUAAAAAGGGAAAUAAACAACGAAAACAACUUUGUGGAUGAGUCCCAGGUCAAACUGGCUGAAAAACCUAAUAAAAAUGGGUACAGAUAUGCCUUUGUAACAAUGCAGCCGGAUGCGGCUAGCUACAUAACAAGGAAGAAAAGGAUUGGUGAAGGAUGGAACCGAUGGAGGAUAAGAGAGCUAGAUCCCGUGCAAAGAUGCCGUAAGUGCCACAGAAUUGGACACAGGGGAGACCAGUGUAAAUACAAAGAAGAGGACAGAAAUAACUGCCACAAGUGUGGAGAGGGCGGACACAAAAAAAGAGAAUGCACUAACGAAGAACAUUGUUACCUGUGUAACACAAAUGGACACACAGCGGAAACGAUGAGAUGCCCAGAAUAUAGGAAUUUAAUCAAGACACAUAAUGAGGAGAAGAGGGCUAGAACUAACAGCGUCUUUUAA